CAGUCAAAAUGAUGCACGCCCAGGUGAACAGGCGUUCGCUGACUAACACAAGAUGAUGGUCAUAGCUCGUGAAAGCGUCUUUACGCGUCUCGCGUCAACCCCACGAUCUUUAACUGUUACAUUAUGGCGAAAGCGGAAUCUUCGAAAGCUGCUGCCAGCAAUGGCAUCAAGGUAAACCCAAACGCAGCCGGCGGAGUUGGCUAUGAACUUCCGUGGGUCGAGAAGUACCGUCCUGUCUACCUCGACGAUGUUGUUGGCAAUACAGAGACGAUCGAGCGCCUUAAAAUCAUCGCCAAAGAUGGAAACAUGCCCCAUGUAAUCAUAUCUGGCAUGCCGGGUAUUGGAAAAACCACGUCGAUUCUCUGCCUCGCACGGCAACUUCUAGGAGAUGCAUACAAGGAAGCUGUUCUGGAGCUCAACGCUUCAGAUGAGCGUGGUAUCGAUGUUGUGAGGAAUAGGAUAAAAGGCUUUGCGCAAAAGAAGGUUACACUUCCACCUGGAAGGCAAAAGUUGGUGAUUCUCGAUGAAGCCGACAGUAUGACGAGUGGAGCGCAACAAGCUCUGAGACGAACCAUGGAAAUCUACAGUUCGACAACUCGAUUCGCUUUCGCCUGCAAUCAGUCAAACAAGAUCAUCGAACCUCUUCAAUCCCGUUGCGCUAUUCUUCGAUAUUCCCGCCUGACAGACGCACAAGUGGUUCGCCGUCUCAACCAAAUCAUCGAGGCAGAGAAAGUCGAGUAUUCGGACGAUGGACUUGCUGCAUUGGUGUUCUCUGCAGAAGGAGACAUGCGUCAGGCCAUUAACAAUUUACAAUCCACGAACGCUGGUUUUGGUUUCGUGAACGGAGACAAUGUCUUCAAGGUGGUGGACAGCCCGCAUCCUAUCAAGGUUCAGGCCAUGGUGAAGGCUUGCCAUGAAUGCAAAGUGGAUGAGGCAUUGACUAUUCUGAAAGAGCUGUGGGAUCUGGGAUACUCUUGCCACGACAUUAUCAGCACCAUGUUUAAGGUCACGAAAUCCAUAGACACACUGAGUGAACAUGCCAAAUUGGAGUUUAUCAAGGAAAUUGGCUUCACCCAUAUGCGCAUCCUUGAAGGUGUGCAGACACUACUUCAACUUUCUGGCUGCGUCGCGCGGCUAUCGAAGAUCAACAUGAAGCCCCAUCUUUUCGUAAUACCUGCGCAAUAGCUGUAGAAGUUUCUAAAUAUUUAUCGCAUAUAGCAUGGAGUCGGGCGUCUGCUUUUUUCUGCAUGCAUUUUGAAGGAUACGAAUACGUCUA